UUCCUCUUCAUGCCCCCCCCAGGAUCCCCUGAGAAGCUGGUCUGCUACUUCACCAACUGGUCCCAGUACAGACAGGGGGCCGCACGCUUCCUGCCCAAGGACGUGGACCCCGACCUGUGCACGCACCUCGUCUACGCCUUCGCGGGCAUGAAGGGGCACCAGCUCAGCCCCGUCGAGUGGAACGACGAGCAGCUGUACCGGGACUUCAACGGCCUGAAGCAGAGGAACCCCCAGCUGAAGACGCUGCUGGCUGUCGGGGGCUGGAACUUCGGCACCCAGAAGUUCACGGACAUGGUGGCCACAGCCCAGAACCGCCAGACCUUCAUCACCUCGGCCAUCGCGUUCCUGCGCAAAUACGACUUCGACGGCCUCGACCUUGACUGGGAGUACCCGGGCAGCCGGGGGAGCCCCCCCGCCGACAGGCCGCGCUUCACCCUCCUGGUGCAGGUCAGGCUGGUGCGGGGGGUGCUGCUGUGGGAGCUGCUGUGGGCUGCUGUGGGGGUGCUGUGGGUGCUGCUGUGGGUGCUGUGGGAGCUGCUGUGGGAGCUGCUGAGCCUGGACUUCAUCAGCCUCAUGGCCUACGACCUGCACGGCUCCUGGGAGCGGACCACCGGCCAUCACAGCGCCCUCCACCCGAGGCGGGGGGAGCAGGGGGCGGCGGCUGAACUCAACGUGGACUUCGCGGUGCAGCAGUGGCUGCAGCAGGGGACCCCGGCCAGCAAGCUGGUCCUGGGCGUGCCCACCUACGGACGGACCUUCACCCUGGGGGCCGCCCAGCACCGGGUCCCAGAGCAGGAGGCGCCCUACGCCUUCCGGGGCGACCAGUGGGUGGGCUUCGACGAUACCGAGAGCCUCAAAGCCAAGGUCAGCUACGUGAAGCAGAAGGGACUGGGCGGGGCCAUGGUCUGGGCGCUGGACAUGGACGACUUCGCGGGCUCCUUCUGCAGCCAAGGCCGAUACCCCCUCGUCAAGACCCUGCAGACGGAGCUGCGGGGUCCGGGGGCAGGUGGGAGCCCCUCCCUGAACUCGGGUCCUGGCUCCUCCUGAGGAAGUGGCUCCCCCCCGGCUGUGUCCCCCCGAAUCUCAGGCGCCCCCAGGGCUGAGGUUGCAAUGCCCCCUCUUUCCAACGGUGGCAAAGCCCCCGGGGCUGGUAACGGGGCUUCCCCCAGCCCCGAGCCCGGGCGGGCGGCCGGCUUCUCUCUGUG